AUGUCGGCCAUCGCCCACCAGUGCAUGGCCAGCCAGUCUGCUGGGGCAGAAAGUUGGAGGCCCAAGCGGGAAACUGGAGCCUCUGCUGUCAUGCACCGUCUCCCCAACAGGACUCACAAGACUUUCACAAUCAAGAGAUUCCUGACCAAGAAACAAAAGCAAGAUCAUGGUAUUCCUCAAUGUAUUCAGAUGAAAACUGGUAACAAAAUCUGGUACAGCUCUGAGAGAAGACGCCAGAGGAGAAGGGAGCUGGGUCUGUAA